CAUGCAUACUAUCGGACUUGUCUCAAGGACAUGUUCGAAGGUGCCAUAGCAGAUUCCGGCUGUUUUCUCCCUCGCUGCUGUGAUCCGCUCGAACUGUUCCACUGCAUGCCUUUCUUUUCCGAGGACCUCAUUGCCCGGUUUCGGGAAAAGAAGGAAGAGUUGGACACGCCGCACCGUACCUAUUGCAGCAAGGCCGAGUGUGGAAAGUGGAUAAAGCCAGUGGAUAUCGAGGCCGGCGUGGCGACUUGUUCCACGUGUGCUCAAGAGACUUGCACGUCCUGCAACGCAGCGCUUCAUGAUGGGCUUUGUCGCGAGGAUGAGGAUGUGAAAGCUCUGUUGACCUUGGCGAAGCAGAGGCGCUGGAAGAGUUGCCCGGAGUGCAAGAAUAUGGUAGAGCUGAGGUCCGGUUGCUAUCACAUCACGUGUCGCUGCAAGCAUCAGUUUUGCUACCUCUGU